UCGUGAGCAAAAUUAGAUUUGUUAUGUUCUUUGUUUUUUUUAACUAUAAUAAAAUAAUUUAUUAGUGUUGUGUUGAAUUGAGAGAUUGAGUAAGAAAUUUUAGUUAAAAGCUACUUUUCAUAAAUAAAGAAGAACCAGAUAAAUAUAAUGGCAAUCUUCAAAGAAUAGGAACCAAAUUUUAUGGGAAUUUCGGUCAAUAACAUUAAAAGUGCAAUUUCUUUUGAACUUUUAAUUGCCAACUCAAUAGUUUUACUAAAAGAAAUUUCCAUAAUUCAUCAUUCAUUCAUAUUAUCGGGAUAAAUCAUGGGAUAUACUUAUAGAAAAUUAAAAAAGCUAUGGAUAUUAUAUUUGUUCUUGUUAUUUUUUUCAUUUUUUAUGUUUGCAAUUUGUAUUAACAUUUAUUUGCAAAAUCUGGAAGAAUGGCAAAACAAUGAGAAAAAAUGGGAAUUAGAGUAUAAGAGUAGGCAAAAACCAAUACAAAAUGUUGUCGCUCAUUAUAUUGGCACAGGUAACAUAUUUGGAAAUAUGACAAAAGAUGAUUACAGUACAAGUAAUUUUAAGCCCAUCGACACAGAAGGAGAACUGGGAAAACCAGUGAUAAUUCCGGCCCGUGAAAGUUUUAAAAUGCAAAGGCUUUUCAAAAUAAAUAGUUUUAAUUUACUAGCGAGUGAUAGAAUUCCAUUAAAUAGAACACUUAAAGAUUAUCGAACAUCAGGCUGCCAGCUUCGACAAUAUGAUACCGAUUUACCAAAAACUUCUGUUAUAAUUGUAUUCCACAAUGAAGCUUGGUCAGUAUUAUUGCGAACAAUAUGGAGUGUUAUAAAUAGGUCUCCAUUGCACUUAAUAAAAGAAAUACUACUGAUAGAUGAUGCCAGUGAUAGAGAGUAUUUAAAAGAUGAACUUGAAAAUUACAUUGUUAAUUUUCCCGUUAAAGUUAAGAUCUUGCGUAUGAAAGUUCGAAAAGGUUUAGUGCCAGCACGUUUAAAAGGAGCUAACGUAGCCACUGGAGAUGUAUUAACAUUUUUAGAUGCUCAUUGUGAAUGUACAACUGGUUGGUUAGAGCCCAUGCUUCACAGAAUUAAACAUAAUAGGAAAAGUGUAAUUUGUCCUGUAAUUGAUAUAAUAUCAGAUGAUAAUUUUGGAUUCUCAAAAGUAUUCGAAAAUCAUUGGGGUGGGUUUAAUUGGCAGCUAAGUUUUAGAUGGUUUGCCGUUGGUAGAAAAGAAAAUGAAAAAAUUACAAAUGAUAUAUCUGAGCCGAUAUCAACACCAGCAAUGGCCGGAGGUUUAUUUUCAAUUGAUCGUAAAUAUUUUUUCGAAAUUGGUUCAUAUGAUCCAGACAUGAAGAUUUGGGGAGGAGAAAAUAUUGAAAUGUCAUUACGAGUUUGGCAGUGUGGUGGAAUUGUCGAAAUUAGCCCUUGUUCACAUGUGGGUCAUUUAUUUCGAAAAAGCACUCCAUAUACAUUUCCUGGCGGCAUGGAUAAAAUUUUGGGAGAAAAUUUGGCUAGAGCAGCCUUAGCUUGGAUGGACGAUUGGUCGGAUUUCUUUUUUUUAUAUAAUCCUUCUGCAAUGCAAUUUCGUAAAACCCUAAAUGUUACAAAACGUUUGCAAUUACGAGAAAAGAUGUCUUGCAAAUCAUUUUCAUGGUAUUUGGAAAAUGUAUGGCCAACACAUUUUUUCCCAGCUCCAGAUAGGUUUUUCGGAAAAAUUGUUUGGCUUAAUGACAAAACAGUAUUGAGUACAGUUUACAACAGUUUAAUUAAUAAAAUUCCUGGAAAAUUUGCUCCCCGCAAAUGGUCGGAUAUAUUUGAUUUGCUUUGGUUAAAUAUAGACACUCUCUUGAACUCUUUAAAUUUUGAUGAUGAUAAAUGUUUACGUCUUGAUGGUGAGGAUGGAACGUAUGGCGGGGCGUCUUUCGUUAGCUCUGGUAUUCUUGGUAAUUGCUUGCCUACAGAGAAAUUGCAGGAUAUGUUUGUAAUAACAACAGAAGGUCAUGUUAUGACAAAUGACAAUUUCUGUUUGGAUGCAUAUUCAAAAAAGCCUGAUUCCGAUCCAUCCAACGGUUCCAAUGUAAGAUUAUUUUACUGUCAUGAUACAAAAAGACAGUAUUGGGAUUAUAAUAUUAUGACACAACAAAUAGUUCAUAAAACACAUAAAACAUGUCUGACAGUCGGAGAUGAAAAAGAUGGAAAGUAUCAAAUUAAAGCUGAAAAAUGUAGUGAUGGUGAUGAAAUUUUACAAAAAUGGGCUCUAAUUCCUCUACCCUGGCGAAUUUGAAAUUAUUAAAAUGAAUAUAAUAGUAGACAAUAAACUAUAACAAUAUUGUGAUAUAAGGACCUUCUUAGAUAGCUGCAUAUUUAAAUAAAUUUUUUUAUUAAAACUUUUAAUUUACUUAUUUUUUUAUUAAUUUAA